GUGUGUGCGUUUUUGAGCAAAUUGGUAAAUUUUGACUUUGAAGUGUUUAAACUAGGAGUAAAAUACUGUGUAAUCCAGUAUUAAUUGAUUAUAAGCCACAGAUCUUUAAUAAAAUGUUAUUUUGAAAUGGAGAAUGUUCUUAUUCGUUGUACAGAGAAGGAGAUGAAUCAUUUUUUCAUAAAUGUGCUUUUUCUAAAAUUUGUUAACAUCAAGGGAGACAGCCCUAUGUAGAUUUAGAUGAGACAAAAACAAAGUUACUCCCCUUUAACUCUGAAAAUUGGCAAGACAAAAUAGGGACAUAAUAUUAUACAAUACACAUAUUGUUAUGGCACAAUGAAAACUGACAGAGGUGAGUACCCGAUACUCACAUGUACAAAGUUGGCGGGAGAGAAUAAUUUUGACCAAUGACAAACUCAGAAUUUUUAACAAAGGUGAACAGUUCUAAAAAUAGUAGCAGCAUGAUGGAGGACCGAACUAGGUCGGCCGAGGCAAGACGGCCUCAUUUGGUACACGAGCACAGCAUAAUGAUUUCCAAAGACAAAAGUAUAGGUGAAAAGAAAGUGUGUAUUGGAAUUAGAGCAAUGUCUGCUCAGGAGAGAUCCAGUUUGUCUUUGAAAUAUAAAGUUGAGGAAGAUGCCAGGCAACUUUCAGAGAAGAAAAGUAAAAUUGUUAAAGGCUCAGAUGAUCAGAGAUGGCGGGAUUCUAUACGACAGCAGAUGGAGGCGGAACUAGAUCAGCGUGUACGGGAUGCUUUAGAAACUCCGCCUCCUGAAAAAGCGAAUGGGAAACAGGCAAAUGAUGCACUCAAGAAGAAUAACUCUAGUCAUGACCUUGAAAAUUUAAAUGCCCAUGUACUUUUAGAUUUAUCUGAUAAAGAACGUGCAUAUUUAAAAUCAAGACGUUGGAAAGCCCUACAAGCUAAACGUCAAAUGCAGAAGUACAUGAGUAUGAAUUAUGCACAGCAACAAAAUUCGCAACAAAUUGAAGUUGUUUUUCGUGAUGAGUUAUCCAAAUCAAAUCAGGAUGAAUUUCCAGGUGUGUUUGGAUUAAAUUCAUUCUCGGAAGGUGUAAAAGAUCUGAAUGAAAUUCAUAGAAAACAGUUUGGUAAUUAUCCUUCAUUGCGUCAGCUUCAUAAACAGUAUUACACAAAAGAAGGAUAUUUGACAGCAUCUCGUAACGGGAAAUUUCCCGAUGGUACUUCAUUAGAAAAAGAGUCAAAUGGUUCUUAUGAGGACCGAUUUGGUGUUGUGCGUGAUCAACAUGGACCUUUUUGGCCAAAUGAUUGGGGACCUUUAUUUCCAGCACCAAAAUUUUUAUGGAAAACAGAAGCAUCGUUAGAACCACUGUAUUACUUUUUCAAAAAAGACUUAAUGGGGAAACGACGUGAAUACAUGAGAAAGAUGCGGGAAGCAGAUCAAAACUAUUCAACUGUUGAGAGUCAGCUCACACCUUUCAUGUCAAAAUGGCGGGGAGUUUUAAUCGUAUAUGAUUCUGAGCGCAGUAGUAGAGAUCACUUCCCGAGUCCGGUACCUCAGGGCUGCUGUCCUAAUCUGUUGUUUGAAUCCCGAUUUGAAUGUGGAAAUUUACGACAGGCGAGGAGAGUAGGACAGUUUGAAUAUGAAUUAGUGCUAAAAACAGACCUCUACACAAAUCGUCAUACACAAUGGUACUAUUUCCGGAUACAGAAUGCCGUACCAGGGGUCACAUAUCGGUUCAGAAUUGUCAACUUGCUCAAGAGAGACAGUUUAUACAACUAUGGUAUGAGACCUUUGGUUUACUCGGAAUUAGAUGCCAAAAACAAAGGUAUUGGCUGGGUACGCACAGGCCACCAUAUCAGUUAUUCACGCAAUGUUAUGCAUUUACACUGCCCAUUGUUGAUGAGGGGAAUUGCAUUUUAUGAGCUGGAAUGGCAGAUGGAAUUCCCGAAUGAGAAUGACACAUACUACCUUGCCCAUUGUUAUCCUUACACAUUCACCGAUCUUAAAGAUGAUCUAGAGUUUUUAUUAAAUGACUCGGAACGUCAGAAGUAUAUACAACGAGAAGUACUGUGUGAAACACGUGCCGGAAAUAGCUGUUUUCUAGUCACCGUAACAAAUUUUGAUCAAUCUCAAGAAACUCAGGAUGAGAAGAAAGCUGUUAUAGUAACAGCUCGGGUACAUCCGGGCGAAUCCCAGGCAUCUUGGAUGAUGAAGGGUGUGUUAGACUAUAUAACUGGGCCAAGCCCAGAAGCGCGAACUCUUAGAGACAAGUUCAUAUUCAAAAUGGUGCCAAUGUUAAAUCCUGAUGGAGUUAUAGUCGGGAAUUAUAGGUGCUCAUUAGCUGCUCGAGAUUUAAAUAGAAAUUAUAGACACCCGAAAAAAGAAAGUUUUCCGACAGUGUGGCAUACGAAAAAUAUGAUAGAAACUGUGAUGGAAAAACAUGAGGUGGUGCUAUAUUGUGAUCUUCAUGGCCAUAGUCGGAAACAUAAUGUAUUUAUGUAUGGUAACAACACAGCUACUGAUGAUCCAGACAACAACAACAACAGCAAUAAUGGAGUUGUUGGUGCUAGAGCUUUCCUUAACGAGAGAUUAUUUCCAUGGUUAAUGGCACAAAAAUCUCCGGAGAAGUUUUCAUUUCCAUUCUGUAAGUUCAACAUUAAGAGAUGUAAGGAGGCAACAGGUCGUGUGGUCAUGUGGCGUCAGUUUAGAAUUCUCAAUAGUUUUACUCUAGAGGCAACAUUUAGCGGCACUGCAAUGAACAAAAAUUUAGCAGCGGAAGAAUGUCGUCAUUUUAACAUAUCCGAUUACAUGGAGAUGGGGCAUAUACUAUGUCAGUCUGCAUUAGAAUAUCAAUCCAUUCAGGAAAAUAAAGCGCGUCAAACAGAAAUUGUGCUAGAGAUGACGCGGUAUCUAACAUGUCAGGUACUAGAACGGCGUCGUGGAGUCACGUAUAAAAUGCCAAAUCUACGUGCCUUUAUGAAACAAGAACAAGCAAACAAGAAUGAAGAAGAGAAGGAGAAUAGUUCCAGUCAAGAGCAGCCAAUGGAUCAAGAACAGUAUAUAACAAAUAAUAAUUCUAAUAAUGACAAUAAUGAAUACCUCAGUGACAGUAAUAAUCAUAGUGUUAUACGAUCCGCACGAGAAAACUCCGUGCUAGAUAAAGACGAGAAAAUCAAGAGAUCGAAAUCUAAAUUAGACAGUAGCAGGAAUAAUAAUUUAAGUAAAAUGGAUGUAGAUAAUAUACUGGACGCAGAGUCGAUGAAGACGAUGGACGGAUGUUUGAAGAUACUUGCGCAGCUACACGUGUCAGAAGCUCUCGAGGAGUCAGAUUCAAGUGACUCAGAUUCCGAGUCAGAACCGGAACUAAAGCCUGCACCGGAGCCUAAAGCAAAGAAAAAGAAACGAAAGUCCAAAAAGCAACGUGACAAAGAACAGCAAGAGAGAAAAGGUGGUUCCGGUGGCUCGGACAAGAAGGAGGAGAGGAAACUUAGUACAAACUGUUUCCAAUGUACGACUGCUAAAUGUCAUUCGGCACUGCCCACUAUUUCUGGCAAUCAGGGGCCAGAUCGCACGGAAGGGUCAUCACGGCAGUCACAGGCAUUAAGGGGAGAUAAAUAUGCAAAUCAGAAGAAAGACCCACACUUUGUUAGCAAAUAUGAGGGCAGGAAAAAUGGAGGCAUUCCUUGUUUUGCUGAGGAAAGAAGUGUAGAGAGAGCUGCUAAGCAAAGAAUGGCAGAGAUGAAGAAAAGGACGGAAGAAGAGAAACAAAAAGAAGUUGCUUUCUUUAUGAAAGAAUAUCUUAAUGAAGCAAAGCCUUUAUUGUCCCCACGUACCCAAUCCAGCGGCCAUAUUCAAAUGCCGCUAGUAGAUGUCAAGUCAAAUAGUGAGACCACAGAUAUAAUGGAGUGCACUGGCCACCAUAGAUUGCGUAACUAUGAAAAGUCUGACGAGGAAGAAGACUUUUACAUGGAAUCAUGCCGAACUAUUCGGGGUGUUGUUUCCGUGCAAAGCUGUGCUACACCACAACCCUUAGAGCCCAUGGAUUUACCUAAGUCUAUAUCACCCAUAGUCAGGAAUGAGUUGCCAUCGAGGCCUUUACCAAAGUCUCUGUACGCUGAUAGUCUCAAAAUGCCAACAAUAGUGGAAACUUUGGCCAAAAUGAAACCAAGGGCAUAUCACUCUGUGACCCUUGGAAACGCUUGGACUUGCUAUGUGCCUAAUGUUCGAAUACCCCACUUUUCUCCAAUUAAUGUCACAGCCACAGAACACAUUGGUCCAAUGUUCCAUCCGGAUAAAGUGCAUAUAUUUGGGAAAUUCUUUGAUUCAUUCAGGGACCUUGCCCCAGCGGUGCUGCCAGCUACUGCCCCACAGAACACUGCUACUGGUGGUAACAGUAGUUCAGAUAUGAGCGACAGUGACAUAGAUGCAAACCUAAUACCGGUGACUGCACGGGCCACGCCCUAUCUACAAGAUAGCAUAUCAGCCCCGGUUCAUCCACCAUUCCAUCAUUCAACUUCUUACCAUGCUCAAAAUAUAUUUAAAAAACAUCUUAGUUUACGUGGACCGUCAACAAUGCGAACUGUCCAACGUCAUAUCACAAAUAGUGCUCAGCCAACCAUGAACUUCAGUAACAAUCCUUCUAAUAUGAUACGCUCAGAUGUUAUAUCCUCCGGACAAAAUGAGCAGCGAAGAAUAGAAGAAAGAAAACGCAAUCCUGGUCCAUUGACCCAUUUUGGUGAUGAGUCUGUACCAAAGGGAGGUGGCUUACGAAUGUGGAGGUCAGUUUCAGCUGACACAAGGUCAAAGGUCUUUGGUGGGAGUGAAGGGUCAAGGCCAUUUUUAUCAAAGUUGUCAAGGUCACCAAUAAGUACAAAAUUGGUAACAGCAAGUGUAUGUGGUGUCUCGGAUGCCAUGCGUACCAGCAAGUAGAACAAGAUAAGAGGGCUCAAAGUGCCUGGACAAGGGGAAUGACAUUCUUCUAGCAGGAAUAAUUUACUCGGUCAGCAACCAGAAACACUCGCCUUACCACCAGUUCUACAAAAAUACACAGAGAUAGUACUACAAUACAAAACUGUUAUACAUCGGAUAUACUACAAUACCACUAUGCUUUGGAUACAGAACUCGCAAAUAUAUAAUUAAACUUUCUUCUAAAUGCCAAAAAAUUAAAACUAUUAUACAAGUAGAUGGUAGACCUUGACACCAAUUUUUUACUAUAGUAUUAUCAUAACUUAUCACAUAGAUAAAUAAGAAACAAUAACAACAUUUUAUGCAAAUUUCCUGUAGACUUUGUGAAUAUCAAACUAUUAUCUCAAUGCAAAAAUAUGUUUCUAUUUUUAGAAAAAGUUUAGUUUUUUAGCUUUUUUUAGCUGCUGCAAAUAGCAAUUUUUACAAUUUAAGAAAAGUACAUUUGUGACAUUUUGUGUAUGUAUCAACUGUAAGAAUAAUUUAUUGUAAUAGUUAAUUUAUUGUAGUAGUUAACUGUUUUUAGCAAUAAUACAUUGAUAGCAAGUCUAUACAAUUUAAGAGUUUAAAGAAAAAGGUUGAUCAAAUCAAUAACUUAGCAUUUUCUAAUUAAAUUUCAUCAUCUUCGUCACAAAAUAUGAUGCAUUAUGGUAUUUCAUUUUAACUUCUAUUAUUUAACUGAAGAUCAGCAUUAAUUUUAUUUCUAUACACAGCAUAAUGCUGCCUUAAUAACAUAAAUUCUUGUGAGAAUUCUAGAGAAUAAACAUUAUUAUAUAUGGUAAUAUAUAUUUAUUUAUUGUUUUAUAACAUUUUAAUUUAUUUAGUUGAAUUUUCCCAUGUGUAAAUUAUUAUACCAUGUACAUUACAUAAUCACUUUUAUCAGAUCUUAUUUUCCAAAAAUGUGUCUAUGUAAAUUGAUUUUUUAUAUAUAUUUCAUAUAUUAUAUACACAAGACAUUAUACAUGUAUAUAUAUAUAUAAUGUCUUUAUUGUUACAACAUUUUGUACUGAUUUAAAUUGAUAUAUUAAAUUUCUUUUAAAAGAAG